CGUGACCCCAAAUCAGCAAUCCCACGGACAGCGACGCACGUAGGGUGACGCGCCAUACGAAAUACUGUCACUGUCUCUCCCCCUUUCCCACUCUCUCCCUCUGUAUCUCGCUGACGGACUCGUCGCGGAUGACUUUGUGCCAACAGUCGCUCGUUGGAGGCAGCGCGCGCAGUGAGCGUCUUUUUCUCAAUUAUCUUCUCUUUUAAAUCCACGGAUUUCCCCAAGUUUCACUUCACAAACGCGGAAUAUUAUGAAGAAGUAAAAUGCCCUGAGACACGUACAGCAGCUCUGGAGACGGUGGGCGGUUUCGUGCGUAAAUCCUCGGGCAGCAGGUGGAUGAGAGGCUGCCGGGAUGGAGCGCCUGGACUCCAAAUUCUCCCCUGAAGGACACUUUAAACACCACGGACUUUACAUGAAGGGGACGUUUUAAAACAUCCAUUUAUAAAAUCUAUUGUGCUCCUCUGUUUCUCCUCAGCUGGGAUGUGAUGCUUGUGGAUCGUCGUUAAGGAAAAUCCUCAGAGCCCCAAAACCCAGAGACCCCAAAGUGUCAAACUCCCAGGCUUGUCGUAGACCUUGAAGUCAUUUCACCCUUAUUGCGUGCUAAAAACUAACCUCAAGCCUCAUUAUAUCUACCUUCUCCCAGCUCCUAUAAUUACCCCCUCCUCGCCUUCUUGACACACUUUGAAAGCCUAAAAACCCCCCUCAGCUACCAUGGCUUUGGAUCAGUGGACCUUCCUCCCGACUCCCCCCAACAUCUCCUUCCCCGAGCCCCUCCUGUACGACAGCUACAUCCAGGGGAACGAGUCCGACCUGGACAUGAACGUCACCAAGACCAGGGAGCCCCACCAGGACAAAACCAGCUCCGUGGUCAUUACCUUCAUUUACUUCAUCGUGUGCGCCGUGGGGCUGUGUGGAAACGCGCUGGUCAUCUACGUGAUCCUGCGCUACGCGAAGAUGAAGACAGUCACCAACAUCUACAUCCUGAACCUGGCGGUGGCCGACGUGCUGUGCAUGAUGAGCCUGCCGUUCAUCGCCCUGCAGCUGACCCUCGUGCACUGGCCCUUCGGAGAGGUGCUGUGCAAAGGCAUCAUGACUGUGGACUCUCUCAACCAGUUCACCAGCAUCUUCUGUCUGAUGGUGAUGAGCAUCGACCGGUACCUGGCUGUGGUUCACCCCAUCAGGUCCACCAAAUGGCGGAAACCUAGAGUGGCCAAGCUGAUCAACAUCACGGUGUGGGGCGUGUCCCUGCUAACGAUCCUGCCCACGUUGAUCUUCAGCGGCCUCAACAACGUGCCGGUGUGUGGCAUCGUGUGGCCGGAGCCUCAGGAGGUCUACUCCACAACCUUCAUCAUCUACACCUUCUUCAUCGGAUUCUUCCUGCCGCUGGCUGUCAUCUGCAUGUGCUACCUGCUCAUUAUAGUCAAGGUGAAGUCCUCUGGCAUGCGGGUGGGCUCUACAAAGCGCAAGCGAUCCGAGCGCAAGGUGACCCGCAUGGUGUCCAUCGUGGUGGCGGUGUUCGUCCUCUGUUGGCUGCCUUUCUACGUGUUCAACGUGGCCUCCGUCACCAGCUCCAUCAACCCCACGUCGGCCGUGAAGAGCACCUUCGACUUCGUGGUCGUGCUGGGCUACGCCAACAGCUGCGCCAACCCCAUCCUGUACGCCUUCCUGUCGGACAACUUCAAGAAGAGCUUUCAGAACGUCCUGUGCCUGAAGAAGGUGGCGGGUCUGGACGAGAUCGAGCGGAGCGACAGCCGGGCGGACAGGAGCAGGAUGGCUAACGACGCCGCCAUCAUCAACGCCAAUUUGGAGACUCACAACGCCGCGCUGCUGAACGGCGAGCUGCAGACCACCAUUUAAAAAAGCCACAUCCAGGUCGACGGACUGGUGGUGCUUCCAGACGGAUGAGCUGCCUGAUCUGUUGUUUGUUGACCUGUGUUGUAAAGAUGUGGGGGCUGGAGGAUUAUGUAAAGCUCACAGGACACUGACAUAUGAACAAAGUCUAAACAAACAAUGUCUUCAGGGGUUUCAGAGGUCAGGGAAAGGACACUGACUCCAGCUUGACAUGCGGGUUAAUGAGGCAUCUUGUUGUGGUCUGUGGAGAAAAUGCAUCUCAACUGAGGGUGAUUUUUGCAGCACAGCAGGUAAUGAAGAAGUAAUGAAACAAACAAGAUAAAUAGGAGCGAUGUCAGCUUGAGUUACUAUUAUGUUGUCAGGAGUCGUGCAGACUGAGCGAGAUCGAAGGAAGAUACAGGACUGGUGACGGGGGCGCCAUCAGUGCUCUUCUUGAUGGGAGUGUUUGGAGAUCACCGUUGAUUUUUUGAAAGUGGACGAAGAAAUCAGCCAAAUAUUUCCGUGCAAAACAGCCGGCUCUGCAAUUCCAGAGAAAGAUGAUUAAACCACAAGCAAAAGAUGAAUGCUCCUGUUUAAUUCAUAGCACCUGAUUAGCUCUUUCUGCACGAUCAACAGGGGAACAAAAUGACAAAGACCUUUUCCCAACGAGACGUUUUAUUUAUGAUAAGUGAAGGUUUCUGUCCGUCUCUCUGGAGCCGCAUUGAUCCGUAAACUCUCAAAUUCAAUGUCGUGGAUUAUUGAUUAAGUGCAAGGGAAGGGAAAACAUCUUGGCAGCCACUCUGACCUUGCUCUCUUUUAAAACAGCUUGACUUUAUAUAUAUAUAAAAAGAUGUGCUGUCAACCCUGAGGGGGGAAAGAUCCAAAAUGAAUUUGAACUCCUUUCCUGUUUCUGUUGGCUUAACAUGCAUCAAGGACAGCUUCUGAAACUUUGUGAAACUCUUCUUGUGAACUUUAUACUUCACUGUUUCCUGUUCCUAACUUCGGCUUUACCAGCGGUGCCAUUGUAAAGAGGCCAUGUCUACUCGUAAAGUGCUGUGUUUUGGCUAUUUAAGAUGUCCUUCAGUGUCAGCUUUAUAUUUGGUUCAGCCAGGACAUGCUCGCAAAAAUACCUGAAAUAUAAUUUAGAUAGAUAGAGAGAGACAGAGAGAAAGAGAGAGUGAGAGAGAAGCAGUAUUAUGAAUUAAAAGCUUGAGUAGAGUUCGGAAAUUAUUGUUUAAAGCUUUCAAAAGACCAUUUCUUGGAGAUAUUGGGCAAUAAUAGCUAAGAAAAAUUAUAUUUUAACUCAUAGGUAUCGAUAGAGCCAAAACAAAUUCAUCCAUUUAUUUAAAAAGACACGAAAUCAGGCGGAAGGCAGUAAAAGUGAAGCUCCCAUUAACAGGAUACUACAUUACCCAAGAUGCAACAGGAUAGCUUAUUUCAUCAGACCCUGCACGCUGUGAUAUGUCAACAUAUUUCAAACUUCUGACCUUUUGUCGUUUCUAUGAUUAACUUUGUUGUAUGUAUGGAAAAUAAGUAUUCACCUAAAGGUUGGUCUUCAGAUUUCCACAGAAUAGUCACACUGGUUGAGAGCCAGUUAUUGUUGAAGCCACAAAUGCUACGCUCAUAUUAUUGUACACCAAAUCUCAGUUGCAUUCAGUACAUCGACUGAAUACUGUACAUCCCUAUGCUAUUAAUUAGUGGCUCCUUCAGAGGCGCCACACUGUGAGGGUGCCAGAUCGAGUUACAGAAUAAUCAAUCAAUCAAUCAAUUAGAGGAACAUCAUGGAGGUUAGUGUGUUUUAGCCAUGCUAGCAUUGUAAGGACUGCCAUGAAAUGUGUUACAGACAUUCAUGGCUCCCAGAAGGAAGGAACUGUAAUCCAUUGAGCCAUAAUUCCCCUUUAUUACUUAACAUGUACUGUAGUAUCAUCAUAACGUCUGAAUUAAGACAUUUCAGAUGAAAUAAACCUGCAAAAUUAAUAAUAUUCACCUUAGCCUCAGCUGUACUUUUUGUUUAGGGCUAAUUAGUAAGUGCUAGCAUGCUAACACCAUAUGUGUUGUCAUUUAGAGCAUGUUAGCACACUGAUAUUAGCAUUUAGCUCAAAUUAAGUGUGCUGCAGUAUCAUCGUCACGUCAAAAUUGAGAAUUUUCUGAUGAAAUGAACCUGCAAAGCUCAUAGUAUUCACCUUAGCCUCAGCUGUUUAGGUCUAAUUAGUAAACGCUAGCAUGCUAACAUGAUGGGCAUCGUCAUUUUAAGCAUGUUAGCAUACUAAUAUUAGCUUUUAGCUCAAGUAGGCUACAGGCAAAGAGCUGGUUUAGGUUAACAAAGCUUUAUCAACUCCUAACCUACAUUUCCAAAAUGCUAAACCGUUAGCAGCUUUAACAAAUGAGCUAGCUGGUCUAUGAGCUAGCUAAAACAACCACAAUUUUCUGAGCUAACUGGGAUCUUUUGAGCUACAUCUUCAGGAGAGUAAGAGCUAAAAUAGCUACCAGAGAAGGUCAGAACCACAACUACAAACAGCUUCACUGAAGAUAAAUAGCAAACGUAGCUAGCUGGCUACCGUAAAGUUUGCUUAUUUAACUGGGUUACCUCUGCUAAGCUACAUCUUCCUAGUAGAGCGCCAACAAAAGACGUUGUCACAACAAUACCCAGCACGUUUGAACCUUAUCACUCCAUUAAUAACGACUGAGUGAACCCACAGCAGACUAUGAUCUAUUUCCGUUUUAGCUAUCAGUUUACCACCCCUUCCUCCAUGACCCCCACCUGGUUGCCAAGAGAUUUGUGAUAAGGUUGUCCACUUUAUGCUUUGGUGUCAGAGUCACUUCAGCCCAGUUUAUAUAUCUGUCAGGUUAAAAGUCGUUGCCAUCAAAAGAGAAGCUCGUCCCGGGAGGCUGCUGUAGACAAGAAUACAUCAUAGCGUUGUCUCCCUACUGUCACUGUUAGGGGCUUUAUUUAUUGCCAUCUUCACUCACAGGUCAAAAGAGGAAGACACACUCCCAGACAAUUGUAGGGGAUGCAUUAGGGCUGCACAAUUAAUCAAAAUGUGAUGUGGUUAACGGGUGCAUUAUUGAAAUUGCAGGAAUAAGGGGCUGCAGAGAUAUCAUUGCCUUCAAAUCUUAUCCCAUAUUCUUAGCAAUGCAUAUUUGUUUGGUGCAUACCCUCUUAAAACAUCCCAUCAGCAUCACUGUGAAAUAUCUUUAAAUAAAACAUGGUAAUAAAGAUGCAAUACUGACCAUUUCCUCCUUCCUCAAAAUUCAGUAUCAGCGGUUAUAAGAUAAUGGGCUAACUCUGCUAAGCUACAUCUUAAUUGCAAGAGCAUUGUAGCUUUUAUUACAGCUCCAAUUAAGAUGUAUGAACCACUAAACUAUAUUUCCAAAUCAUAUUCUACAGAUUUAGCCAUGCAUAUUUGUUUUGGUGAAAAAAAUCCCCAUUAUUUUGAUAUAUUUUUCAAUAAAAGAUGAUCAAAAAGAUGCAAAAAGGAUCACUUUCUCCUAUAUCGUUAAUGCAUUAUCAGUCCAACAUUUUUUUCAAUUAGAUACUUUGUCCAAACGGUGCAUCCUCAUGUAGGUACAGUAUUAUAUAAUAAGAUAAACGACUCCUACCUUUAGCCGUAUUGCUCACAAUGUGUCACACAUACGCACAUUGCAUGUGUGAGUAAUGCAGGAGGUGAUGACCAAUUCUGCAUAAAUGUGUCAUAGUGACCUAGAGUACUGUGUGGAAUAAUGUGACACAUGCCAGGAACAAAUGCUUUAUGCAGAUGGUAAUGAAAAAUAAACUAUGAAUGAGUCUUUCGGUGUAUUCAUAUGUUAAUAUGUCAAAUGCCCUACAGUAAGGAACUCAAUUAACAAUCUCGCCCAGUACAGUUAAGUGUAGUUUAAUCGUGCAAGAACUCCUCUCUCAUCGUUCACAGUUAAUGACAUUCUCCCAGUCCUCCUCUCUCUCUGUCUCUCUCUUUAUCUUUUACCAAUACUAAUAUGAACUGACACACAUUUUACACCCACCCAAACUGAGCUGUAAUGAACUGAACCACACUAUGCCUGUCAUUCCCGCUGGCUAUUUGGACACACUUAAUGGGCUUAAUGUACUUAAUCAACCAUGCAUAUGUUUCGUAGAUGUUGAUAAGACAAGUUUGUGGCAAAACCAGUGUAAAUGUAGCGCUAAAAAAGGGACAACCAAGGCAGACAAACACCCUUUCUGUGGAAUCAAGACCUACGUAUUACCCUGCGAUUAGGUUGUUUAAUGAAAAAGUCAUUUGGGUUGACAUGGCCAGAUGUGAAGGAUUCCUGUCUUGGUUGAUGCCAAUGUAUAGUGUGCAGAUGGUAAGGAAACAAGCGGAGGAAUGUGGGGGAAACUCUGCCUUCUUCUUCUUGUGCUCCGUUUCUUUUUUUUAAGGAAACACAACUUCAUUUGUGAAGGGCUAGGACGUGCACUCCUGAGGAUGCACCGUUCAAUAUUAACUCUGUGGUUUCCUCGGCUUGCUCUUGCAUGGGGAGGGCUGUGCAUCCCGAUGUCCACUCACAAACUGAAUCCAGUGUUAUGGCUGGGUAUGGGUACGCAAUACCUAAACAAUCCAUAAGUAGUAUCGAAGCUUCUCAAGUCAAAUCCUAUCUUAUUUGUACCGAGGAAAAGUGCUAUUUAUAUGGUGUUGCUGUGCAAGUGUCAUAGGGCCAUUGGUUUAAAAUCCAAACAGUGUUUUUUUGUGGUUAUUUAAACAGCAUUUUAGUCAUUUAAAGAACUUCAAUUCAAAAGGUAUUCGUGUAACAUAGAUUUGGAUCAACUGAAUGCAUGAUUGGUCGAGUUAAGUACAAAAAAGGCAUCAAAUCUAUAGGUAAUUUCACGCUAAAUGUACUGGUAUUGGUAGUUUUCAAAAAGGAUACCCAGCCCUACUGGACGGACACAUCUCUUGCUGAAUACACUUUAGGAAAAGAGGUACAGAUGGGUUCACCUUCAGCAAAAGCAGAGGCAUCUUAGUAGCGUCUUUGGUUAUAAUCAGUAGGAAAUUAGAGUCAUUUUGUCCGAGACAUAAAACAAUAAGUGGGUUGUCCAAACUUCAUAUGUAAUCCUAACUUACAUGCUUGUUUCUGGCUGUGCACAACCAUGGAUAUGUACUUCUGUGUGCAGUAACUUUGAUCUAUGUGCCUUGAAACUCAAUAUAGAAACCACGUGAUGACGUAUACCCCUCAUCGUUACCAAAGGCCUUUGUACUCUACAGACAUGUUGAACAGACGCCUCCUGGUUAUCACUUUUUAAACACUAUGUCCCCCGGCUUAUAUUCGUGUGAUAUGUCCGAUGUUUAUUUGUGACUCUUUAUCGUUGAGUAUAAUGUGAUCAUUGAUUGUAAUGGACGCGCUGAUGUCCUCGUCUCUGCUAUUAAAAAGCAGGUUCUGCUCCCAUGGUCAAA